AUGGCAACAUCCGAAGAUUUAAAGCAGCUGAGGUCGGACUGUACCUACCGAUCCAAGUUGGCCGAGCAGGCGGAGAGAUAUGACGAAAUGGCCGACGCUAUGAGGACCCUAGUUGAGCAGUGCGUGAACAACGACAAGGACGAGUUGACCGUCGAAGAGAGGAAUCUGCUGUCCGUUGCGUACAAAAACGCCGUCGGUGCGAGAAGAGCCUCAUGGAGAAUAAUUUCCAGCGUUGAGCAAAAAGAAAUGAGCAAGGCAAACGUGCACAACAAGAAUAUCGCAGCCACGUACAGGAAGAAAGUGGAAGAGGAGCUAAACAACAUAUGUCAGGACAUCCUAAAUCUGCUGACGAAGAAACUAAUACCAAACACGUCCGAAAGUGAAAGCAAGGUGUUUUAUUACAAAAUGAAGGGAGAUUAUUACAGAUAUAUUAGCGAGUUUUCUUGUGAUGAAGGAAAGAAGGAAGCAUCGAACUUUGCACAGGAAGCUUACCAGAAGGCAACUGAUAUUGCAGAGAAUGAACUUCCAUCGACGCACCCCAUACGUUUAGGCCUUGCAUUGAACUACUCAGUUUUCUUUUAUGAGAUUUUAAACCAGCCUCACCAGGCAUGUGAAAUGGCCAAGCGUGCCUUUGAUGAUGCUAUCACCGAGUUCGACAACGUAAGCGAGGACUCGUACAAGGACUCCACGUUGAUUAUGCAGCUCCUGCGGGACAACUUAACCUUAUGGACUUCGGACUUGCAGGGAGACCAAACGGAAGAAAAAUCGAAGGAUGAAGGCCUCGAGUAA